UGAAUAUGCAAGAGCUACAAUUUGUCCACACGAACCAAUUCUGCCUUCCUAAUCUGUUAGUUCAGAAGGGCAACGCGGUGUCUGUAGAUAGAUGUUAAGUAUGUAAUCGACGCUUAGGAUAAGCACGAGUGCCGGAUGCAUGCAAGAGAAGGAAGAGGCAUGUCUUCCAUCUUACCCACCAAAAGGUUGUAGGGUUAAGAAUAUCUAUGGUGGGAGAAAUUUUUUACAAGAAUGGGCCAACCAAUUAGGUGAUCAGUGAUGAGUCGCAAAUCAAGCGAUGAUGCAGCUGGUAGUUUAUCUGCAGUACUUGGGCUCUCCAAGCCUAUGGCGCAUGUGUGGACGACAGGCAUCACCUGCAGCUGCUGCUCAAUGCAGGCCUUGAAAAACCAAUCCACAACUCGUGGAAAUUUGUGAAUAAAUUCCACCCAGUGGUUGAGGUCUGCUGCAGAACAUGGAGAUUACCAACGUCUCUGAGUAUGAGGAAAUCGCAAGGAGGAAGCUCCCUAAGAUGGUUUUUGACUACUAUGCCUCUGGAGCAGAGGACCAAUGGACUCUUAGAGAGAACAGGCGUGCCUUUGAGAGGAUUCUGUGAGUUUCGUCCGCGCAUACUUAUUGAUGUGUCGAGGAUAGAUAUUACUACCACCAUCCUGGGGUUUAAGAUUUCGAUGCCCAUCAUGGUUGCACCGACAGCCAUGCAAAAAAUGGCUCAUCCUGAUGGAGAGUAUGCAACUGCAAGGGCAUCAUCAGCAGCUGGGACAAUUAUGACAUUGUCAUCAUGGGCUACCUCCAGUGUUGAAGAAGUUGCAUCAACUGGACCAGGCAUUCGAUUUUUCCAGCUCUAUGUCUACAAGGACAGAAACGUCGUUGCACAGCUUGUAAGAAGAGCCGAAAGAGCUGGCUUCAAGGCUAUUGCACUUACAGUUGACACACCAAGACUUGGUCGUAGAGAAGCUGACAUUAAAAACAGGUUUACUUUGCCUCCAUUUCUUACACUAAAGAACUUUGAGGGAUUAGAUCUUGGAAAGAUGGAUCAGUCAAAUGACUCUGGGUUGGCUUCAUAUGUUGCUGGGCAAAUUGACCGCUCUCUUAGUUGGAAGGAUGUGAAGUGGCUGCAGACCAUCACCCAUAUGCCAAUCUUAGUCAAGGGUGUGAUGACCGCUGAAGAUACUAGAUUAGCUAUUCAAGCUGGAGCAGCCGGUAUCAUUGUGUCAAAUCAUGGAGCAAGGCAGCUUGACUAUGUCCCAGCAACUAUCAGCUGCCUGGAAGAGGUUGUUAAAGCUGCACAAGGCCGUGUUCCUGUUUUCCUGGAUGGUGGUGUACGUCGUGGAACUGAUGUCUUCAAGGCAUUGGCGCUUGGUGCUUCUGGUGUUUUUAUUGGGAGGCCAGUGUUGUUCUCCUUGGCUGCAGAGGGUGAGGCAGGGGUAAGAAAAGUGCUAGAAAUGCUCAGAGACGAGUUUGAGCUGACAAUGGCAUUAAAUGGAUGCUGUUCGCUUAAGGAUAUUAAUCGGAACCACAUAGUGACAGAAGGAGACAUGAUCCGAACUGCAUCUAGGUUAUGAGCAGCUUACUGGCAUUUAUGGUUUCAGCACAACCGGUUCCAUCUUCAAUAAGGGUUGUGUUUUACAUGUCAAUAGUUGUUUCUUUUAUGGCACGCACAUUAAUAUGCCAAAAACUUGGAGACUUUCAAAACUCUAUUUUGUAUUAUUGGUGAUGAUAAUUUUACCAAUAGAUGGCAGUGUGUGUGUGUUAAUUAUUUAAUUUUCCGCCUUAAGUUAUGUAAAACCACUAUUCUCAUGCGGGAAAAGUAGAAACAUGUUUGUCUAUUUUA